AGAUCUACAACAGCCUUCUGACUUCACCCUCACUGGCACCACAUCAGUCCCCUCACUGUCAGCUGUCAGCUGUACAUGGAUACCCCCAGCUGGGCAGAAACCACACCAGGAAGUGGCUUGUGUAAGCAGCACGGAACCAUUGCUCUCUUUGGCAACGUGGUGUACAGCGGCCUGCUCAACGAGCACAUCUGGCAUUUCGGGGUUCCCCUCGUCAACAGACUGGGUAACCAAGAGGGGCCAGCCCCCCCGGAAGCGAUGGCACAGCCCUACCCCCCAGCCCAGUACCCCCCCCAGAAUGGCAUUCCAACGGAGUACGCCCCUCCCCACCCCCACCCGCCAACAGGCUACACGGGUCAGAGCACGGUGACAGAGCACGCUCUAACGCUGUACACACCCACACAGACACACAGCGAACAGCCCGGCAACGAGAACAACACACCCACCCUCACAGCCACACUAUCGCAGGCAGACGAGGUUGCGCAGACGGAGGUUUCCCAUCAGCUCCACCUGCAGCAGUGUGAUUCGUCAGAGAAGCAGCAGCCCAAACGGUUACACGUCUCCAACAUCCCUUUCCGCUUCAGAGACCCAGACCUCAGGCAAAUGUUUGGGCAAUUUGGGAAGAUUUUAGAUGUGGAGAUCAUUUUUAACGAGCGAGGCUCCAAGGGUUUUGGGUUUGUAACAUUUGAAACGAGUGCCGAUGCGGACCGUGCACGUGAGAAACUAAAUGGUACAAUCGUAGAGGGACGCAAAAUAGAGGUUAACAACGCAACAGCAAGAGUUAUGACAAACAAAAAGGUGGCAAACCCAUACACGAAUGGCUGGAAGCUGAACCCAAUGGUGGGAGCUGUCUAUGGUCCUGAAUUGUAUGCAGUGACAGGUUUUCCCUACCCUAGUACAGGAGCGGCAGUAGCCUAUCGGGGAGCUCAUUUGAGAGGGAGGGGGCGGGCCGUCUAUAACACAUUCCGCGCCGCGCCCCCACCCCCACCCAUGCCUGCCUACGGAGCGGUUGUUUACCAGGACGCCUUCUAUGGUGCAGAGAUCUACGGGGGUUAUGCAGCGUACAGAUACGCACAACCAGCAGCCACGGCUGCAACUGCAUAUAGUGACAGUUAUGGGAGAGUCUAUGCAACAGCGGACCCAUAUCAUCAUACGAUUGGUCCUACAGCCACGUACAGUGUGGGUACUAUGGCUAGCCUAUACAGAGGAGGCUGCAGUCGCUUCACUCCGUACUAGAGCGAGAGAGAGGGACAAACGCCCCCCUCCUCCCUCCUUCCGCCCCCAGAAAAAAAAUACAUCAAACUAAACACCUCCUUCCUCUUCAAUGGAAAACUAAAACUAGAGCAAAACAACUCCAGGUCAACAAAACGCAUGACCACCUUGUCAAGACUCUCAAGUUGAUGUCUACUUUUAAGAGUUUUAUCUGACUAUAUGCAUUGUCUGUCAUCGAUGUACUGUACCGAUUUUGGAAAUGACGAUGCUCUUGUUUAUUUCCUGUAUUGAUUUGAAUGUAUUGCUUCGGGUUGAGAUUGAUGGUUUCUAGAAUGUGAGAAAGAAAGUGGUGCUGGAGCGAGACAAAGACAUAAAAAGAGAGAGGAAGAAAGAAAGAAA